AUGGCUUCGUCGAUGCAUCUGUCGAGGAUACGGAAAUGGCUGGCUUCGUCUCCGCCCGUCGAGGGUGCUAUAUACUACCUGCGAGAGCUGUUGAUCGGCGCGCUGCGACAGGGCCCUAUUCCACAGCAUGUCGCCUUCGUGAUGGACGGGAACAGGCGGUUUGCCCGCAACCAGGGCAUCGAGCGGGUGGAGGGACACAAUCUGGGCUUCGAGGCGCUGGCAAAGAUUCUAGAAGUGUGCUAUAGCUCCGGCAUCAAGGUGGUGACGAUAUACGCCUUCAGCAUCGAGAACUUCAAGCGGUCCAAGUACGAGGUCGAUGCGCUGAUGGAGAUGGCGAAGCUGAAGCUGCUGCAGCUGUCGGAGCACGGCGAGCUGCUGGAGAGAUACGGAGCGAGCGUGCGGGUGCUGGGCCGACGAGACCAGAUACGCCCGGAUGUGCUGGAAGCCGUGGACAGGACGGUCGAGCUGACCAGCGGCAACGGAGACGCCAUUCUCAACAUCUGUUUCCCCUACACCUCGAGAGACGAGAUUACCUCUGCGGUCCGCAACACGGUGAUGGAGUACAGCACGCCGCUGGACAGGACCCAGCUUCCGGCAGUCAAUUCGCCGCGUCGACCGUUCUCUGAGAAGCGGAUUGUCGAGAAUAUACGUGAGCAUACGCCCAGUGCAGACCCGCGCGAGUCGCUGUCCAACGGAAGCAAUAGUCCCGUCACUACGUCUUCGGCCAACGAGACGGCAUCAGACUCCAACUCGUCUCUGUCCUCGGCCACGACGCUGCACCAUGUAGCCUGCGGAGAGACGAACGGGAGCAGCGGGACAGGCAAACAGCAGCAGCAGCAGCACAACCAUGAACGUCAACAUCGGCAUCACCACCAUCAUCAUCAGCAUGCCACUGCGUCGCCGGAGCUGUAUACCUCGUAUCCGCCCAACAGCGACCAGCUGCUGUUUCACUCGCCCGAGACGAUCACCACGCAGACGCUCAGCGACCAUAUGCUCACCGCUGGCUGUCCGCCGCUGGACAUCCUGAUCCGCACCUCGGGCGUCGAGCGUCUCAGCGACUUCAUGCUCUGGCAGUGCCACCAGGACACCCAGAUUGUGUUUCUGGACACGCUGUGGCCGGCCUUUAGCCUGUGGGAGUUCCUGCCGGUGAUCUGGGACUGGCAGCGCAGGAUCAGGAAGACCGGCUCGAGACGAGAGCUCGAGUUCGACUUUCCCAGCGCAUACAACUCGGAUUCAGAGCGGAUGAACGCUGACAAUUCUUCCACCCUGCAUAUACCCCUGCGUCUACCUUGUACCUUCUACCUCCUGACCUCUGCCUAUACCUAUACCUAUAUCUACGCCUUCUUCUCCUUCUCUACCUACUGUCUCUUACUGUAUAAUAGUAAUGAAAUCCGCAUAGACGAACCCGAGCCAGUUGGGCAGCAAGAUCUUCAUCCGCCUCGAGUAAUAGGCCAUAUCAAACAACAAGCAGCAGCAGCAUCAUCAUCAUCAGCAGAAGAAGAAGAAGAAGAAGCAAAGAUGAAGCCGGCCUUUGACCGACUAAAUGACUUGCUUGCUGACUAA